CUGUCGAAAGUAAGUGCCGUGUCUUUACUCUGACGGACCAAAAAAGAAGUUUUGGCUGCUGAAAAGGAUCGUGUUCGGAAGAGAGAGAGAGGAAAACACGAAUGACUAACAAGUGCUGUGAAACAUUACACGAAUGUCUGUAAAAUUAUCACCGGGGGAUUAAGUCACAGAUAGAAAAUUAUUGAAUGAGAGGCCAAACGCCUUCGACAGUAGCUGUCUAGCUCGCUGCUAUCUGGAACGAAGACUGAGGAAAGUCGCUUUUAUUCAGACUCGGUUCUGUAGGACUUCAACCGAACUUUAACCAGGGAUGGAUGACACAAUAAUACUGGCGAUUUGGAUUUGAUUAGAGUGACGUCUGACAGCGGGGUUUUCAGUGGUCAGAUGUGGCUGCUGGGACUGGAGACGGGAGACGUGUCACUGAUAAGGCGGCUGAAGUUAGAGCCACAGCGCUGACAUCCAUCCAUUCAGCCCGGUCCGCCCCACAGGGGGAGUCCAUUCGGCGUCUAACCCGGACCUGUAGGAUUUCAUUUAACGUUACCCUAAACUUCACUUCCUGGUGAACAAUUAACACAUCUUAAACUCAGUUUAGUGUGGACAGGACGUGUUUUGUCAAGAUGGGUUCGUUGUUUCGGAGUGAGGAGAUGUGUCUUGCCCAGCUCUUUCUGCAGUCCGGAUCCGCUUACGACUGCAUCAGUGAACUCGGCGAACUCGGGCUGGUGGAGUUCAGAGACCUUAACCCAAGUGUGAACUCUUUUCAGCGGAAGUUUGUCAGUGAAAUCAAGAGAUGUGAGGAGAUGGAGAGGAUUCUGGGAUAUCUUCUGAGGGAAAUUAAAAAAGAAGACAUCCCACUGCCAGAAGGAGAGGUGAACCCAGCUGCACCAUUACCCAAACAUGUGAUGGUCAUAAUGGAGCAGCUACAGAGACUGGAACUGGAGCUGAGCGAGGUCACCAGGAACAAGGAGAAACUCCAGAAGAACCUUCUGGAACUGACUGAGUACACACACAUGCUGCGCAUCACUCGCAACUUUGUGCACCACAGUGCAGAGCAGAGAGAGCCAUCGCAGGUUCAAUAUGAAGAGUUUCCCUUCCUAGAGAAAGAACCCAUGAUGGACUACACCAGCAUGCAGAGGCUUGGAGCCAAGCUUGGGUUCAUUUCUGGGCUCAUCCAGAGCGUUAAAAUCGAGGCAUUUGAGCGAAUGCUCUGGAGAGUGUGUAAGGGUUACACCAUCCUCAGCUACUCGGAGGUUGAAGGGCUUCUGGAGGACCCUGAUACGGGGGAGCCAACCAGGAGUGUGGUGUUUCUCAUUUCAUACUGGGGAGAUCAGAUUGGACAGAAAGUUAAGAAGAUAUGUGACUGCUACCACUGUCACCUCUACCCGUACCCCAACAGUAAUGAGGAGAGGACAGAUGUAGUGGAGGGGCUCCGCACACGCAUUCAGGACUUGCACACGGUUCUUCACCGUACUGAGGAUUACCUGAGGCAGGUAUUGAUGAAGGCCUCAGAGUCUGUGUACAUUUGGGUGAUCCAAGUUAAGAAAAUGAAGGCCAUAUAUCACAUCCUCAACCUUUGCAGUUUUGAUGUGACGAACAAGUGCCUCAUAGCUGAGGUGUGGUGUCCUGUAAAUGAUCUGCCUGUGAUUCGGAGAGCUCUAGAGGAUGGAUCGAGGAAGAGUGGAGCCACAGUUCCUUCAUUUGUCAAUCGUAUCCCAAGCAAUGACACUCCACCAACGCUCAUACGCACCAAUAAGUUUACCUCAGGCUUUCAGAAUAUAGUGGACGCCUACGGUGUAAGCAGCUACAGAGAGGUCAACCCAGCUCCAUAUACAAUCAUUACCUUUCCCUUCCUGUUUGCUGUGAUGUUUGGAGACCUCGGGCACGGCAUCAUUAUGGCAUUGUUUGCUCUGUGGAUGGUUCUCUAUGAGAAUGACCGCAAACUCAAGAAAACCAGAAAUGAGAUCUGGAACAUUUUUUUCGAGGGCCGUUACAUCAUCCUGUUGAUGGGUAUAUUUUCAGUCUACACUGGAUUAAUAUACAACGACUGCUUCUCUAAAUCACUCAACCUGUUCGGCUCGGGGUGGAGCGUCAAGGCCAUGUAUAACCAAAAAGUCUGGAAUAAUAGCACGGCCCACUCAAAUAGCUUCCUUGCACUGGAUCCAAACGUCCCAGGAGUCUUUAAAGGGGCCUAUCCUUUGGGCAUUGACCCGAUCUGGAACCUGGCAUCAAACCGUCUCACCUUCCUGAACUCCUAUAAGAUGAAGAUGUCUGUGAUUGUAGGAAUAAUCCACAUGACUUUUGGAGUCAUCCUCGGCGUUUUCAAUCACCUGCACUUCAGACGGACGUUCAAUCUGUACCUGAUACUUAUUCCUGAGCUGCUCUUCCUGCUGUGCCUCUUCGGCUAUCUGGUCUUCAUGAUUAUUUAUAAGUGGCUGUUUUUCACAGUCAAAGACUCUCAGACAGCUCCCAGCAUUCUCAUCCACUUUAUCAACAUGUUCCUGAUGCAGGGGGACUCCGGUCAACCCCUUUACCCAGGACAGGCCGGGUUUCAGGUGUUCCUGGUGGUUGUGGCAGUUCUCUCUGUGCCUGUGUUACUAUUGGGCAAACCUCUCUACCUCUACUGGCAACACAAGGGCAGAGACCACCUGAGCAUGUACCGGGGUUAUCAGCGUGUGCGUCGCAGCAGUGAAGAGGAGAUCUCUCUCAUGCAUACUCAUGAUAUGGAGGAGGGCACCAGUCUGGACAGCCACUCCUCCAGCUCUGACAGCCAAUCAGAGGAGUUUGAUUUUGCAGAUGUUUUCCUCCAUCAGGCUAUCCACACUAUAGAGUACUGCCUGGGGUGCAUCUCUAACACUGCGUCUUAUCUUCGCCUGUGGGCUCUCAGCCUGGCACAUGCUCAGCUCUCUGAAGUGUUGUGGGCGAUGGUGAUGCGGGUCGGCCUGCGUGUGGACACCAAUGUAGGCAUUAUGUUCCUGGUGCCUGUCUUUGGUCUGUUUGCUGUCCUCACUGUGUCCAUCCUGCUGGUGAUGGAGGGACUUUCAGCUUUCCUUCAUGCUCUCAGACUCCACUGGGUGGAGUUUCAGAAUAAGUUCUACAGCGGCGCUGGCGUCAAGUUUGUACCGUUUGCCUUCUCUCUCUUGCACACCAGCUUUGAAAACGAGGGGCUCUUGUGAACUCUGUGAUGCUGAAGACCAGACCAGAGCGGAUCUGUGAGCUUCAUUUUAACAGAUUUACAUAUGAUGAUGUUGCACUACAUGCCAAAGUGGUCCAACCAAAUACUUUUUUGGGGUUUAUAUGGAGAUACCACAUCAGCGUUGACGUACUGAGCCACAUCAGAUGCUUGAUCAUUCUUGGACAUGCAACCAUAACACAAAGACACUGAGAUAAAUCAACAGCUCUGGACUGUAAAAAGGACCCUUGAGUGCUUUACUGUCAGUUGAAUGUAUUAGCUCUUCACAAAAGUGCUGGUUGUGAAUAUCGUUUUUCUACCAGGUUGCCUGUUUGCUAUGCAGAGAUGGUCGACUCUCCAUAGCCGAACACAUUCCAUGAGAGACUUUAAGGUUUACCUUUAAUGUCAAUUUGCAGUUGAGCAAGUGAACAUUUAAGUGCUUGUGUAAAUCCUGCUGCUUUCAUCCUCCAGUGUUGAAACAUGAUUGUGGCUCAUGUAGGUCAUUCAUAGUGUUGAAUGGUACUGUGCUUAGAUAACAAGAGAUAUAAUACAAUCAGGAGUUAGUACAUUUGGGCAUAGUAUUUGUCGGAUGUUGGUGACAAGAUGUUCAGAAAGGGCAACAGUGACUUGCCUAAAUGCUCUAAAUUUAAGCAACAUCAGCCCAAAUGUAUUAAUUCUUAAUGUUGAUUAGCUCAGAUCUUGUUUCAGAUCCUGCUGCAGCUGAUCUUUUGUCUUUGAAAAAUCUCCUUAAGAAGCCCUACUAGCUCACAGGAGGCUCAGAUAUUUCUAAGUGCCUAACAUGCUGAAUGUAUUCUGACGGGUGGGUGGUGGAUUGAAUUAUUCAGAUGAAGUCAUUUAGAAUUUAAUUAAUUUAAUGAUGAAAUGCUGUUCAGGGCAGAGCUUAAAGGCUGAGAGCUGUGAAACUCUCAAAGUCAUUUAAUUUUAAUUGUGUCGUAAAUUGAAAGGUUUUUAGUGAUUUUUAACUCACAGGUCUGUUCAGUUACUCUGUUCUGUCUCUCCAGAAUGGUCUUUUUUUAAACUCUUAAAUUUGAUGUGAAAUUUUUGGUGUGUGGAUUGUGAGCCACUGAUAUCAUUCCAUUUUUUUUUUUUUUGUUUAAUUUAUUAACAGUACUCAUUUUGAUUUCUAUAUAUCGUUUGAUGGGUCUGUGCAUUGUUUAGGUGAUUUACAUUCCAUGUUUUGGAUAUGAGCUCUAUAUUAACUUUACACAAUAAAAUCAAACCUGUGAAGCUGGGUUAAUAAAACAUUGUUUGAUUAAAUGAGUCUUGA